AUGAAGACCCGAUCUGCUCCUGCAAAGGACAAGAAGUCUGAGACUACCGAACAAUCUCAACCAAAGGCUCUUGUCUCGGAGACACCAAGCAAAACGUUCAUCCUCCCUUCCGCUAGCGACAAUGCGCGACUCCUCAGCCUGCCUCAACCCCAAUCGGGGGAGUUGAGCCGUUAUUUCUUCUGCCCGGAGCGUGGUUUAUAUGAAUUUACGGUUGUCGCACCGCCUGCUCAUAUGGCAAGAAGCAUUCUGUUUACUCCCCAGACGCACCAAUUCACACUCCCUUCGGAAGAGCAGAAUGAGGUGAUCGAUGACUCCUCCCUGAAACCUACAAUUACGAAGAAGGCCGAGCUUUUUGUAGCCACGCCCAUUGAUGCCAUGUUCUUCAUGGUUCCUUUGUUGGCCCCUUUCUCGAAACCAGGACAAUCCCUUUUCCAGCCAUUGGACGAUAUCAUCGACUCGAAUGAUGAUAUGCCGAAGCAUUUCCGCCAGGUGCUUUACGAUGAAACAUUCAGGAGCUCUCUUUUGACUCGGGUGGAAGCUAUCUGCGAUAGCGUCGAAGCAGGCGACGAGAAGAUGUUCCGUUUCAACGAGACAAAACUAGUCAAGGAAUUGAUCGCCAAGGCAGAACGGAUGGCGGAUCGAGGAUUCCCAGUUACUCUUGAGGAGCGUUUCAUUCGCCAGACACUGGCAACACCCUUGAUGUCGGUCAAGCGGGAAGAUGUCGUAACCAGCCAGGAACUACCCGAAGACAGCGAGGAGGCCUCGAAAUUAGAAGAAAGACAGGAUUCACCAUCGACAGUAGCCACAAAUGCCACACCAUCUGUUGAAACACCCGCUGGAGAAUCCACACCUGUACCUCAGCCACCCGGUACAGACUCAGCAGCCCUGGACCACGUAACUCGCCUACUCCGAAUCUCCACGGCACUGAACUACAUGAAGGAGUGCUAUCUACCCGACGAAAUGGCCGCACGACUGGAUGAAAUUCUUGCAUCGGCGGAAAGUCCACUUGACUUAAAGCCCUUGAAGGAUCGUCUCAAGAAGAUUGCAGAACUCCGUGCCCAAGCCCUCGAAUCCCGUAACAUGUCCGACUUCACUCGCAAACGUGCAUUGGACGAUGAAGAAGAGGAUGUCCGCGCCGAGAAGAAGCGGAAGAAGGAUGAAGAGGAGAAGAAGAAGAAAGCUGCUGAAUCCCAGGCUGUUAAGAACUUGAAAAAGGUCAACAUAUCUGGUAUGCAGAAGAUGAGUGCUUUCUUCGCUAAGGCUCCUCCCAAGAAGAAGACUUGA